AUGGCAUCCGAUGAGGAACAUGAGAGCGGCUGGCAGACCAUGGAGUCUGACCCAGGUGUUUUCGAUGAGCUCCUUCGCACACUUGGUGUCCCAUUAACGGUGGAUGACCUAUACUCGCUCGAUGCGGAGUCACUGGCCGCAAUUCAGCCAGUUCACGCAUUUAUCUUCCUCUUCAAGUGGAUUGGGAGCGGCGAGAGCGGUGUUGCAAGUACCAAUGGGGGGGAAUAUGAUGAUGAAUUUACUGGAUUCUUCGCUAACCAGGUCGUGAAUAAUGCAUGCGCAACAAUUGCUGUGAUAAAUGGAAUAUGUAAUAUAGAAGGUCUCAAAGUUGGAACAGAGAUAGAGCAAUUAAAGGAAUUUUCUGGUGCUUUGGACCCCCAGACGCGAGGGGAAGUCAUAACCUCGGAUAAUUUUUUCAGAAGUGCACAUAAUUCUCUCUCACCUCCGCCGUCCAUCUCACUGGCUGAACUUGAUAUCCAACGAGAGAAAUCUGGAGAUGCUUAUCAUUUUAUCGUGUAUCUCCCUCAUCGAGGAUACAUAUACGAAUUAGAUGGGCUAAAGCGCUCUCCAGUCAGACAUGUUGCGUAUUCUGAGGGCCCAGAAGGCUGGACUCCCAAAGCCAAAGAGGUGAUCGAGGCGAGGAUUGCGACAUACCCAGCUGGAUCGUUGCAUUUCAAUUUACUUGCUAUUCGGGACGAUCCGAUACCGAAAUUAGAGGGGCAACUGGAACAAGCUCAAGCCGAGCAUCAAGCAGAUCAUGCAUCUGCCUUGGCCCAACAAAUAGCACUAGAGAACGAAAAGAGGGAGCGAUGGAAGUUCGAGAAUUCUCUCCGUCGGCAUAAUCAUCUCCGUACCAUCCACGCAUUACUUUUGGCUAUGGCUUCGUCUGGCAGGCUGGAAGGCGCCAUGGAAAGUGCGAGGCAAAAAAUGAAGGAUCGAAUAGAAAUUGCGAGAAAGAAUAAAGGCUCAGGUCUGUCUUAAAAGUAACAACGCGUCGUGUUAGCAUCUUUUGUGGGGGGGUGAGUUUUGCGGUCGAUUUAUUUUGGGAUUUCCCAUACGUCGGCGCUUUGUUUAUACCUGUUUGCUGGCUCCACCUUUGAAUGUAACGGAAAUUCGUGUCCGCGUCCG